AUGCCAUCUUCUCCCUCUUUUUACCCCCCUUUUCUAUCUCUUGCAUUUCCAACUUUUUUUCUUUUCACAAUCUCUUCUUUUUCCUUUCCUGCGACCUCCUCUUUCUUCUCCACCUUAUUUCUUCCUCUCUUUAGUCCAACUCCCACUACUCUCUUAUUCCCUCUACCCUCCCUUUUUUCUUUCUUCUCUUUAUGCUUUCCUUCACUUUUUAAUCCCCUUUCCCAAAUAUUUCUAUCUCUUCUUACUCUCCUCACCAUUCUCUCUCCUUACUCUCAUAUUCUUUUCUCUCUCUGUACCAUCUUUUCUCUCUCUCCUUACUAUCUCUUUUCUCUCUCUCCUUACUAUCUCUUUUCCUCUCUGUACCAUCUUUUCUCUCUCUCCUUACUAUCUCUUUUCCUCUCUGUACCAUCUUUUCUCUCUCUCCUUACUAUCUCUUUUCCUCUCUGUACCAUCUUCUCUCUCUCUCUCUCUCCUUACUAUCUCUUUUCCUCUCUGUACCAUCUUUUCUCUCUGUACCAUCUUUUCUCUCUCUCUUUUGUGCCAUUAUUUUCUCUCUCUCUCUACUCUCCUAUUCAUUCUCUUUUUAUCUCUCCCCUUACUCUGUUCUUUUUUUACUUGUACUACUUUCUUGUUUUUGACUAA